UUUCCUUCCCUUACCCCGCGUCUUUCCUUCGGUCUCAUUUUCCAUAUGCCGUGAAAUGCCCGGCUCUUCAAAUCUUGAUUUUCCGGCGAUCAUAACUAUAUUUCCCAACCACCACCACCACCACGACGGUUGCCAUUAAAACCUACCACCACCAUGGGCAACUGCACCACCUGUCUAAGACCCGAUAAUCCGAAACCCCAACACUACCAGCCACCUCCGACUCCACCGGGCAAGAAAAAGAACUUCAAACAAAGACCCAAUCCAUACGCCGAAUCUCCGGUACCGAUCCGGGUUUUGAAUGACUUCGGACAACUCGCCCACCACCGGACCCGAAUUUCCGACAAGUACAUACUUGGCCGGGAGCUGGGUCGGGGAGAGUUUGGAGUCACGUACCUCUGCACCGAUAGAGAAACAAAACAAGCUUUCGCGUGUAAAUCAAUCUCCAAGAAAAAACUCCGAACCGCCGUCGACGUGGAGGACGUCCGGCGAGAGGUUGCGAUUAUGUCAACCUUGCCGGAGCACCCAAAUAUAGUGAAGCUUCGUGCUACAUAUGAGGAUCAUGAAGCUGUUCAUUUGGUGAUGGAGCUGUGCGAGGGUGGAGAGCUGUUUGACAGAAUCGUUGCUAGAGGGCAUUAUAGCGAACGUGCGGCGGCCGGAAUCGCGAAGACGGUGGCGGAGGUGGUGAAGAUGUGCCAUGAACAUGGGGUAAUUCAUCGAGACUUGAAGCCGGAGAACUUUUUGUUUGCUAAUAAGAAAGAAAAUUCUCCUUUAAAAGCCAUCGAUUUCGGACUUUCUGUAUUCUUCAAGCCAGGUCAGAAAUUUUCAGAAAUUGUGGGGAGUCCAUACUACAUGGCGCCUGAAGUUCUAAGGCGAAAUUAUGGACCAGAGGUUGAUAUAUGGAGUGCUGGGGUUAUUCUUUAUAUAUUGUUAUGUGGGGUCCCUCCCUUUUGGGCAGAAACGGAACAAGGUGUCGCGUUGUCAAUUCUACGAGGUGUUAUUGAUUUCAAGAGGGAACCGUGGCCUCAAAUUUCUGAAAAUGCUAAAAGUCUUGUUAAGCAGAUGUUAGAACCGGAUCCCAAGAAACGGUUAACUUCCCAACAAGUUUUAGAACAUCCAUGGAUCGUGAACGAGAAGAAAGCUUCAAAUGUUCCAUUGGGAGAUAUUGUGAGGACGAGGCUCAAGCAAUUCUCCGUGAUGAAUCGGUUCAAAAAGAAAGCAUUGAGGGUGAUUGCAGAACAUUUGUCAAUCGAAGAAGUCGAAGUUAUUAAAGACAUGUUUACAUUAAUGGACUCGGAUGGUGAUGGUAAAGUUACAUUUGAUGAACUCCGGGCCGGAUUAAAGAAAGUUGGAUCCCAAUUGGCUGAACCUGAGAUCAAAUUGCUCAUGGACGUGGCUGAUGUUGAUGGCAAUGGAGUACUUGAAUAUGGAGAGUUUGUAGCAGUGACAAUUCACUUGCAAAAGAUGGAGAAUGAUGAGCAUUUUCGUAGAGCGUUUAUGUUUUUUGAUAAAGAUGGAAGUGGUUUUAUCGAGCUUAAUGAGCUAGAACAAGUGUUGGCAGAUGAGUCGGGUCAAGCAGACAUGGACGUACUUAAUGAGAUCAUGAAAGAAGUUGAUACGGAUAAGGAUGGUCAAAUUAGUUACGAUGAAUUCGUGGCAAUGAUGAAAGCGGGAACAGAUUGGAGGAAGGCAUCACGACAAUACUCGAGAGAGAGAUUCAAGAGCAUAAGUGUUAACUUGAUGAAGGAUGGAUCAUUGAGACUUGAGGAUGGGUUGACCGGUCAAUCCGUUAUAGUUUGAGUUCAUGAAGUCCAUACUCCAUAAUAUUCUUUCAUUUUGUUUCUGUGGAUUGAAAGGGGUUUGCUUAUCGGGAUUUAGAGGAGUUAUUUGCUAAAGGAUUGUGGAUUCGGCUUUUGUUUUAAGUUGUAUAUAUUUAUAUAUCCCCGUUGUAUAUUGUAACCAGUGCUUUUGUGUUUUUUCAUGGCCAAUAGCUUUUUAUCUCUGAAGUUUUAACUUUGUUGUGUUUUCAACUUUUUGGCUUUUGUCACAAUUGUGUUGAUAAUGUGAAGUGAAAGGAAUUUGUUUGUUUGAAUGUUA